UGUGGGAGGGAGGACGGAUGAGCCACGCAUCCGCAUCACCGAAAAAGAGGGUGGCGCGGUGGCAUCGCCUGCAGGAAUCCAGUUGUAAAGUCCUCACACGAGGCAAAUAUGCGCUGAGGGUCCGGAGACCCAGUUGAGCACCACGCGGCACUGAGACAUCGGAAGAAGCGUGAAACGAAAGCUCCGAACAAGUUGUGAUUUCUGAAGGAAAUCCGGCUGGAGAUGAAUACCAACGAUGCCAAGGAGUAUCUCGCACGACGGGAGAUACCCCAACUAUUUGAGAGCCUGCUGACAGGCUUGAUGUAUUACCGGCCCGAUGACCCCAUCGACUACUUGGAAGGCUGUCUGAUCAAGGCCCGGGAGCUCGGAGGACCAGAUAAGGUGCGGUGGGAUACCUUCGUGGGACAGGAUAAGAAGUCCCUUCCGCCUCUCAACGGCGGGCAAUCACGCAGGUCCCUCUUCAGAAAUGUGAUGCCCGACAGUCCCAACUUCCCCUACAGGCGGUACGACCGCCUCCCUCCCAUCAGCCAGUUUUCCAUCGAGAGCGACUCAGACCUGUCAGAGACGGCGGAGCUGAUAGAGGAGUACGAGGUGUUUGAUCCAUCCAGACCGCGACCCAAAGUCAUCCUCGUCAUCGGUGGCCCCGGCAGCGGCAAGGGAACACAGAGCCUGAAGAUUGCCGAGCGCUACGGCUUCCAGUACAUGUCCGUGGGCGAGCUGCUGAGGAAGAAGAUGAUCCAUAACGCCACCAGCAACAGAAAGUGGAGCCUGAUUGCUAAAAUCAUCACCAACGGAGAGUUGGCACCACAGGAGACAACAAUAACUGAGAUAAAGCAGAAGAUCAUGAAGAUCCCAGAUGCCAAUGGUAUCGUCAUUGACGGGUUUCCUCGAGAUGUGGGCCAGGCUUUGUCCUUUGAAGACCAGAUUUGCACCCCCGAUCUUGUGGUGUUUCUGGCCUGCACCAACCACCGCUUGAAGGAGAGGCUUCAGAAACGAGCCGAGCAGCAGGGACGACCGGACGACAACCCCAAAGCCAUCGACCGGCGCCUGACCAACUUCAAGCAGAACACCAUUCCUCUGGUCAAAUACUUCCAGGAGAGGGGCCUCAUCGUCACAUUGGAUGCUGACCGGGAUGAAGAGGAGGUCUUUUGUGACAUCAGCACGACUUUGGACAACAAGCUGUUUCCCUCCAAAGAGCCAGCAGCCGGUCCCAGUGAGCUGGAUCUCAGUCUACUGGGGGAAACCAGCCUGGCAGAUGUUGCUUGCAAGUACGACGAGGUGGACGAGGAGGAAGAUAUCGGGUAUGCUGAAGGAAUCACAGACGGUUAUUGUACAGAACAGAAGAAACCAAAGGUCAUCUUCAUGAUGGGUGGUCCGGGCUCAGGGAAGUCCCUCCAGUGCGAGCGGAUGGAGGAGAGGUUCGGCCUGCGUCACGUCGCCCUGGGUGACUUGCUUUGUAACGAGCUGCAGUCUCACGGCGACAGAGGACGUCUCCUGCGGGACGUCCUGGAGAGAGGCGAGCAGCUGCCAGAGGACACACUGCUGGAGCUGCUGUGCGAUGCGGUGGCGGCGGCGGUGCGGCAGGGGAAAGGAAUCGUGAUCAGCGGGUUCCCCGGAGACCUGAGACAUGUGCAGGCGUACGAGGCCAAGAUGGGGGAGCCCGGCGCCGUGCUCCUGCUGAGCUGCUCCGCUGACACCAUGUCGAGUCGGCUGCAGUGUCGCGGCAGAUCCACCUCGGGCCUCCACAGAGACGGCGUCCUGCACCGGAGAGCCGAGAGCUUCUGCGGCGCCAGCCAGGCGGUGGCGGCUCAUUACGAACGCAGGAAACUGCUGCACACGGUCGACGCAGAGAGGUCGCCGGAUGAAGUGUUCGCCCAGAUCUGCCAGGCGAUGGAGACCUUCUGAUUUCUACAAUUUCCUCUCAACUUCUCUCCCUCCCCCAUCUCUGGAUUCUCCCCCACAUAAACGUCACACCUGCCACCAGACAUAAGCUUGUUGAACUGUGGUACGCAUGCCCCCCUCCCUCAAACGCUCCCAGCAACGGACGAACCCUCCCGCAACGUCACAUUUCUGCUUCGUCGCCCUCUUACGUUGAACUCAAUAUAUGCUGCAGACCCUCGCUGCCGAGCGCUACAUAACUGCUGUGAGAAAAACACCCAGCAUUCCCUGCUGUGACCGAGAGCGUGUUCCUAGUAAAGGUGUGAAAUCUCUCAAAUGUCAAGUGGGCUCAUGCACAACAUGCUUCGUAAUGUAACAAGCAUGCAAGGUUUACGAUCAAGCUUCACUGCUUUCUGUGCGUUAAAUCUAAAUAAAUAAAAAAACUGAAAAGAAUUACAAGUAAUGGAGAAUAUUGCGUUUGUAUGUUUCCAAGCUGACGGUGCAGGUGCUUGUUGCAGUCUGGUGUUUGACAUUAAAUAAAGACAGCGCAUUUGCUAAA